AUGUCUCCAUCCAGUCCUUGGAAGAUAGUCGAACACAGGGUUCCUUGUCAACAUGUUCGAGAGUAUCCCGCGGCGACCACAAUAACACAAGAGAGUGUUCUCUAUUUGGCUGUAAAACAGUACAUUCCCCUUACCAACAUCAAUCCCCGUCCAGGCGAUGCAACAAUUAUCGUCGCCCCUGGCGGCGGCUUUGGAAAGGUAUGA